UCCAUCUCCCGGUGAGCCCCGCGGCGGCGCGUGGCAUAACGGGCGUUGUAGUCCAGUCGACCUUCUGGUGGUCCAGCAACAUCGACCGGCAGGAUGUCGGAGGUGCGGCUGCCACCGGUACGCGCCCUGGACGACUUUGUUUUGGGGUCGGCGCGUCUGGCGGCUCCGGAUCCAUGCGACCCGCAGCGAUGGUGCCACCGCGUUAUCAACAACCUCCUCUACUACCAAACCAACUACCUUCUCUGCUUUGGCUUCAGUCUCGGUUUGGCCGGGUACGUGCGCCCGCUGCACACACUCCUAAGCGCACUGACAGUGGUGGUGGCCGUCAGCGCGCUGGUGUGGGCAGCUGAGACCCGCGCAGCCGUGCGCCGCUGCCGCCGCAGCCACCCUGCAGCCUGCCUGGCCGCAGUGCUUGCCGUCAGCCUCCUCGUUCUCUGGGUCGUGGGCGGCGCUGGCACUUUCCUACUCAGCAUCGCCGGGCCAGUGCUUCUGAUCCUGGUGCACGCCUCGCUGCGCGUGCGCAACCUUAAGAACAAGAUUGAGAACAAGAUCGAGAGCAUUGGUCUCAAGCGGACACCAAUGGGCCUGCUACUAGAGGCGCUAGGACAAGAGCAGGAGGCUGGAUCCUAGGGGCCUGGGAACCGUACCCAGGACCUGGAGAAUACCACCCCCCACCCCUCAGCCCAUACCCAGAUCCCUUUCCCAGCCCUUAUAAUAGAAACCUAGAGACAGGCCCCUGCCCAGUCAAAAACCAAGGAAAUCUGUGGCCACCCCACCCCCAUCCUGGUCCCAAACUAGGAUAUCCCUCACACCUAGCCCCCAUUGCCUAAAGACCAGACUUCCCUAGUUCUGCACCUGGGACUCAGAGUCACCUACAUCCAGCCCCAAAACUGGGGCUUAAGACCAGAGCAUCCAUGGCCAAUCUCAAACUAUGGACCCAAAGACAUUCCCUGAACCGAGAUCUGGGACCCACUGCUCUCCUAUGCACAGCCCUAAAGCCAUAACCUGGGGCAAGGCAUUCUCAAAUAUUGAACCCUGGACCAAAGCUCUUCAAAACCCCUACCCCAGCUUGGAACCCAGGUCAAGGUAUUGCCAAAUCUUGAACCCCAAACCCAAGUGUUCCCAGCCCCCAUCUGGGUGGAGUCGGUUAUCCUGACUGUUGAACCCUUGGUCCCAGGUGACCUCAACCCUCACCAGUCUCACUUGCCUCCCUCCAGCUCUACUUGGGAUUUUGCCCCUCAUCCUGAUGUUCCACAGUGUCAAGGACCAAGGGGUGGGGUGGGGUAGGAGUAGGCCCCGACUGGG